CAGGGUGGCCAUCUUAGCAUCCCUGUAGACUGGGCAUUGCUUUUCCCAACAGGUGGGACACGUUGGGACGGACAUCCGCCCUCUUUCCCGGGGGUGUCCCCUCCCCGGGCAGCCCCUCACAGGCUGAAUACCAUCAACUUUCGAGACAGCCGUGACUCCCAGACAGUAGUAUGGCCAGCAGUCCUAGUGAAGAUCCAGGAGAGUGCAGAAUUACAUAUGUGAAAGGGGACCUUUUCGCCUGCCCCAAGACAGACUCGUUGGCCCACUGCAUCAGUGAAGACUGCCGUAUGGGGGCUGGGAUCGCGGUCCUGUUCAAAAAGAAGUUUGGAGGGGUGCAGGAACUGCUGAGCCAGCAAAAGAAGCCCGGAGAGGUAGCCGUGCUGAAGAGAGACGAGAGAUACGUCUACUACCUGAUUACGAAGAAGAGAGCCGCUCACAAGCCCACCUAUGAAACCCUGCAGAGAAGCUUAGAGGCCAUGAAAACCCAUUGUCUAAACAGUGGAGUCACGGAUCUCUCCAUGCCCAGGAUUGGCUGUGGGCUCGACCGCCUGCAGUGGGAGAAAGUCUCGGCCAUGAUUGAGACCGUGUUCGAGGGCACGGACAUCAAGAUCACAGUGUACACCCUCUGAAUGGGGAGGGACCCAUUCGUCUGCCCUUUUUUGCCCCGGGGGCCUGGUAGAAGGGAGGACCUUCGCGGGAACCGCCGUGGCCAGUUCCGCACAAAGCCAUCCACCUCUCCCUCCAAGCCCGGUUGUAGGUGCCGGGAACUGUUUGGCUGGCCCGAGGGAUAAUUAGUUGGCAGGGGCUAGUUCACUGCUAAUGGCGAAUUGAAAGGACCGGAUGUCUGCAGGAGCCGGACAGACCGCCUUCCCCUGGGCUGGGCCCAGCCUCCGUGGAAUCAGCAUCGCCGUCGCCAAGCUGAAAAGGUAGCCGGCCAUCCGAGGGGUGAUGCGACUCCUCCCCAGGGCGCAGGGAGCCUUUCUCUCGGCAGCCCAGCCCGCCAAAAUGAUGCGGUGCCGCCCCGGUUGCUUAAAUCCACUCCGAGGGAGAAGAUUUAAACCGCCCCCCCCCCUUUUUUUUCUUUCUUCUUUUGUUUUCAUUUUGGGGAAUUGUGUAAUUCUGGGUUGAGGGGAAAUUUUCUACCGGUGAAUAAAGUGGAAAAAAUCAAGAACUCCUAUCCUGGGA